UAAUAGCUUGAAGCUGAUAUUUCCAGCUAGAGUUUUGGGUAUGGUCUAAAGUUGUGAGUUCAGUUGCAUGAAUUUGAAAGCAAUAUUUAAAAAAAAGACCUUGGUGCAUUGAAUUGAAGGCCAUAGUUUGUUAAAAACAGGAGUCAUAUUUAACAAAAAACCUACAGGAUGGAAUAAGUUACUGUUUACGGUAUACAGACAGGUAGAGUAGUUAUACAAAUUGAUUUUGACAGUAAACAGAGUCUGAUUAUAACACUUCAGAAUCGGUGGUGUACAGGAAUCAAGUUUCACAUCCAUAUUCCAAAUAUACAGGAGUUUAACUAUGAACUGAAAAGCUGUUUUAAUAUUGAUCCAAUGCCAGACGGUCAGUUGUUGACACAGGGAUCUGCUUGUAAUUUGUUGGUGUCCAAAAGUCAACAAAUACAUGAGUUUGGAUAAUUGCGACUGGAAGUAAUAACCGACCAUUUUCGGCCUUACGGCAGGUCGACAAAUCGACAGGUCGGAUAUACAAACAAAACCAUUUGGAUGAGAAGCGAAGUAAUAAAUGACCAUUUUUAACCUGGACUUGAGGUCAACAGGGAUUUAAAGAGCCUGUCACACAAUUGUUGAAAACUGUCAAUCAACCACUGUGUACAUAUACUGGUAAAGCAGUCUGCCAAUAUGGAAAUUCAACAAGAAUAAAAACACUGUUCAGGUUCCUUAUGGAAACUGAAACAUUUGUAGCAGCUGAUCUCGAGCCAUUCAUGAUGACAAUUUUGUGUACCUGGAUUUAUCUUUACAUUGUGUUUAUAGAUAUGAUUUGAUGGGUGACGCGUGACACCAGUGGUAGGCGUUUUAUUUAGAACGGCGUCUGUUACUCGUCUACGUACUCGGAAACGCUGUUUGAUCCUGAUACUGAGCAUAUUUAGUCUGGUAUCUGUCACGUGAAUUUGUAUGGAGUUUUAUAAAUGGGCAGAGAAGCGUGGCUGUUUCUCCCCAAGUUCAAUUACACAACUAUGGCCACAUAGGUAUUUCAAGGAAACAUCGUACUAGUUUAACAUAAAGGAACUUCUAUCAAGAUCUAUGUUUAUUUGGAAUAUCUUCGUAAUAAAAAUAUGAAAAAAGUUUAAUAAGUGUAUAGUGAUAUAUUAACUUCCUAGAUGGCCACAGAGGAAUCCGCCAUCACGGUAUCACCAAUGCUGUGAAUCUUGACUUUUAACUGUCAAGAUGCCGAAGAAAACAAAGAAGGCCAAAAUAUUGGCAAAACAAUUGACUCGUCAGACAUCGACUCCAAUUAUGUCGGUGUUUAACAGGAAGUCGUCCAAGGGAAGCUUUCCUCACCAUCCACACUCUGCGUCGGAGAUUUUCGGAAUGGACUCGGAAGGUGAUGUUGAGAGAGUGCCGAGUCCUCCUAGUGGAGGAAGCCGGCCGACCUCACCCAUCAAUAUGAUUAUACCGUUAUUGGAGUACGGAUUCUCCUGGCCAAGGAGAAAGAGUCCCUUUUCUAAAUCUUCAAGCAAAACAAAACCUGCGGCCGAAAUAGCAUCCCCGGAUAGCGGAUGUCCGGCUUCUCCGGAAAACGUAUUGUACUCCGAAAACCCGUUAGAGAAUGGGAGUUGUAUAAAUUUUACACCUCGUUCUCCGGAUUGUUCGUCUCCGUCCAGUGAUAAAGAAAAUACAUUACCAGAUAUUGAUGCCGUCAUUGCUUCGCUGGAUGACGUAAUUGACGAGGAAGACAGUGGCGAUGAUAUUUCUACUUUAGGAAAUUUAACCAAAACUAAAAGUUUAUCGGAUACAACGCUUUCCACACCUGAAAAGAAAAAAGAUUGUUUUAAAGAGUCCGAACAAGACUUCUCUGAUGAAAACGAGAAAAGGGAUGUUUUGAAUGAAUUAUCACCGAUCAAUGGAAUUAUCAAAGAAGGGAGGGGCAGUAACUCUAAACGAGUGAGGUUCUCUCUCGAUCAUUCCCCUUUGAGGAAGGCGAAAAGUUUGGACUUCAUUAAAAGCAUGGUUGUCAGGGAGCCAUGUUUGUGGGAUGUAACUGUGAAAAUGAUCGAUAUUCGGCCAGCUGAUGGUGAUAAAGAGUCUGAGUGUACAGAGUUGGAUUCAUUCAAUAUUCAGGUAUGCCACCAUCCACAGUGUACAGAAUCCAAUGGUAACCAGCCCCUUUUGCUGUGUAAGGAAUGUGAUCGCACCAUUCACGGGAAUUACCAGUUCAGCGGCCAUCUUGUCCUAGAUGCCCCAAAGAAAAAGCCAGGUCUUGGUGUCAUGCCGCGUGGGAUUUCGGCUCCCACUCUCCCUCACUACGAUGGUAACCAUAGCGACUCGGAAGCGACAGACUGUCAUCCCACUGAGGAGGAGGAGGGAGAGGAAGAAGAGGAUACGGCCAACGUCCCGGAGGACGGAGAUGCCGUGGAUGGCAUUUACAUGAAAAAACAAGAGUUCGGGACGUUACCAACUGCAGCAGAGCUGAAGCUGAAACGAAAGAAAGCCAUGAAACUAAAACGACGCCAUACUGAUGAUGGCCAGCUCGUCAGUAACGCGUCAGUUGACUCGGAUGAUUCGGAGGAUAGUGGUGACCAGGGUCAAGGUCAUUUUCCAGAUAAUAUUGACCUAAAAACUAAACAAUCCAGACGCAAAUCUGAGGAACUUCAGUCUGGAAGUCACGUGACUUUCAACCGGCAAUCGUCGUCCAAGGUGCUAAGCCAGAGAGUUGCCAUAGCACAAAAUAAAUAUUCAUGA